AUGGACGGUAUCACCACCCUCAUCAACAACAUCCAGUCUCCCGAUUAUCUGAGACUACUACUUCUACUAUGUACCACUAGUGUUAUCUACAUCGUAACAGCAUGUAUCUACCGCCUCUUUUUCCACCCCUUCGCCCAUAUCCCAGGUCCAUUCUUCGCAAAACUUACAGACGCCUACGGCCUAUACCACGCAUGGCGCCAGGACACUCACCUCGCCAUCCACCGGCUCCAUCUCAUCUACGGCCCCAUCGUACGCUAUGGACCAAAUCGGAUCCUCGUAAAUGAUGUCAAAGGCAUGAAAGAAAUAUACGGCUACAAUGCCAACUUCGCAAAAGGGAAAGCUUACGAGGUGAUGAGAAUCGGUCCCGUGGAGAAUGUGUUUAAUGUUACGGAUAAACAGAGGCAUAAAAGGAAGAGGAGGCUUGUUGGGCAGGGGUUUUCGGAGGCGGCGUUGAGGGCGAGUGAGGAUUGUGUUUUGAGACAUGUUGAUCGGUUUGUUGGUGGAUUGCUGGACGGUGGUGAUGAUGUUUCAACGGAAAGUGACGGUUGGGGGUCUGCUAAAGAUCUAUCGAUUCACUCAAGCUACCUAGCCCUAGACGUCAUCACAGACCUCGUAUUCGGCAAAUCCACCGAUACUCUCACCAAACUAGACAACAGACAAUACAGACCAAUGCUAAUCUCAACCGGCCACCGAAUGGCGAUGGCCAUACAAAUGCCCCAAAUCUUCCGGGCAGGCAAAUCCGGGCAAUGGCUCGACCUCGGGAGGUGGAUAUUGAAGAAUGCAGACGAAGAGCGAGCGCAAUGGGUCAGUAUGCUUCGAGGUUGGGUUAUGGAACGAAUUCAGUCAGAAAUGGCUGCUUCUCGUGAAUUGAAGCGACGAGAUAUUAUGUCUACAAUCAUCAAUGCUACGGAUCCUGAUACAGGUGAGAAGUUGAGCCCCCAGGAGAUUGGCGCCGAAGCAAUCAGCCUCAUCAAUGCUGGAGGUGAUACCACCGCCACAGCUAUCUCGGCUACUCUUUGGUACUUAUCUCGGAAUUCGUCUACGUACGGCCGACUCGUCGCAGAGAUCAGGUCACGGUUCUCCUCAAUGGAUGAUAUUCGUGCGGGACCAAUACUAAACUCAUGCACUUAUCUGCGUGCCUGUAUCGAUGAGGCUCUGCGCAUAUCUGCACCCGUAAUAUCACCUCUAUACCGCGAGGCAGGAUCAGGCGGCGCCACGGUCUGCGGUGUACAUGUGCCGGAGGGAUACGUAGCAGCCUGCCAGGCAUAUGCUCUACAUCAUAACGAGAAGUACUAUCCGCACCCAUUCUCCUAUCAACCCGAAAGGUGGCUCGACCAGGAGGACAGCCAGGUAGCAGCAGACGCAAAACCAGCCUUCUUCGCGUUUUCGUACGGCGUCAGGAACUGCGCAGGCAUCAAUCUGGCGUAUUUGGAAAUCAAUCUCGCUAUUGCGAGGUUAUUGUGGUCUGCGGAUUUUCGGAUUCCUUCUCACUCUGAUUCGUCAAAUCUGGCCAAUAUUGGCGGCGGUGAUCCAUGGAACAAGGAACCCCUGCGGAGGAGAGAGGAUGAGUACCAGUUAUAUGAUGUAUUUGCGUCGGAGAAGAAAGGGCCAAUGUUGGAGUUUCGCCGACGUUAG